UCGUGAUUUUCACAAGGAUAUCAUUUAUUGGAUGAAGAAAAAAUGGCUGCGCCCAUGAUGUUGUAUCUGUCGAUAGGCAUUUUGUCAUUUAUAAGCGUUAUUACUUGUUUUGAUGAAGAAUUUGAAGGUUCAAGGACCUUAAGUUUGGAGCAUUCCUUUGAUCAAGGUCCUGACCCUGUGUUCACAAGGAGAGGCACUAUUGUUGUGAAGUCCGUCCAAUCCAAGAAGGCCACGUUCUCACAGGGUGCAACACUGUCAUCUGAGGACAGGCUGCGUCUUAAGGAAACAGUCAGUGUGGAUGGUAUCUACAGGAUACGUAUUCCAGUGAGAGAAUCAGGAGAGGGAACUGUGUAUAUCAGCUCAUUUACAAAGGCAUGUGCCAUAUAUGAGUCAUCAUUGUCGGAUGUUGUAAUUGUAUCAGUCGACCAAUCAGGCGAGGUCCUUGGGGUCUCCAUGGGAACCGCAAAGAGCUGCACUGGUCUUGAGGUCCCCAAGUCAAACCUCACUGACUGGAAAACCACUGUCGAGCUCUCAGUUACUGUGUCGGGUCCAAUGCCUGAUACACAGAGUUACAUAGAGAAAAUCAAGAGGGAAGAGCAAGAAAAGGCCAAAGGUGCAAAAACAGAUGAUAGAUCAUUUUUGGCCAAAUAUUGGAUGUAUAUAGUUCCAUUCGUUCUGUUCAUGUUCGUGAUGCAGAAUGUUGAUCCAAACCAGGCUGGAGGAGGGGGCAGAUAACACAGCAACAUCAAUAGAUUAAGUCCACAAUGGUCAUGAUUAAACAUAUGACUAAUGAUCAUUUAAAGUAUUGUAUUAAUUUAACAUGCAUAACGUUGAGUAGAACAUUAUUUUGCUGACCUAUAUUGGCAAUGGUCUGCUCCAAUUUGCGCACUGCAUAAAACAUGCAACAACGUUCUUAUGUUUUCAUACAACACAUUGUUACCAAUGUAAUUUAUUGAAAGCAAGUAUAUUGUUACAUUGUUUUGAAAACAGAAAACAUUGUUGAUUGAAGAACUAUAAUAAAAGCUCAGCCACGGUUGUUUGAGAAAAUCUCCAAGUACCAGAAAGUCAACAAGUUCAGAGAUUUUUGCCAUUUCAAAUAAUAUCGGAAGCUCAUUAAUGUACAGACGACAUGUAAUAUGCACACAAAGACCUAAUUGUUUGUUUUAAAACAAAUGCAAGUGGACAUGAGCAGGUAUUUGCUUUAUUAUGCCCCCCCCUUCGAAGAAGAGGGGGUAUAUUGCUUUGCUCAUGUCGGUUUGUCUGUCUGUCUGUCGGUCGGUCCGUCCACCAGGUGGUUGUCAGAAGAUAACUCAAGAACGCUUGGGCCUAGGAUCAUGAAACUUCAUAGGUACAUUGAUCAUGACUCGCAGAUGACCCCUAUUGAUUUUGAGGUCACUAGGUCAAAGGUCAAGGUCACAGGUGAAGGUCACAGUUACUGGAAAUAGGCAUUAUAAGGAUUUGGCAUGGUUCAAACAAGGGAAACAACUACCGUUUAUGCAUGUUCUUUUUGUUACAGCAUUUGCCUCCCUUGUAAUAUAUUUAAAUUUUACCAAAUGUAAGGCUAACUGCAUUUUUGUUAUGCAUUGUAUCAAUAACCACCACCUGCAUUUUUGUAAUGCAUUGUAUCAAUAACCACCACCACCGCCACCGCCACCAACGCCACCACCACUUCCACCACCGCCACCACCGCCGCCACCACCGCCACCACCACCGCCGCCACCACCAUCACCACCACCACCACCGUUGUUCACAGUGACAAAAAACUUAUUCACACAAUGGCUGCUGCUACAACUUAUAGCCCAUGUAGGGGGGCAUGCAUGUUUUACAAACAGCCCUUGUUUUCUGAAGGCAUUUAUGUUGUUUUUUCCAUAAAGAAUACUGUAAUCAUGUAAUGCGUUGUAUAGUGCUUACAUUUAAUGUAUAUUUCCUUUGUAAAAGGGACCUUAUCACGUUUUGAUAAAUUGACAAAAUCGAAAAAAAAAAGAGUUUCAGAUUUGCAAAUUUUUGUUGUAGUAAUA